AUGAGGACCCUCGCCCUCCUCACUACCCUUCUCCUGCUGGCCCUCCAGGCCCAGGCUCAGCCUCUCUCAGAAAGAAAUGAGGAGGCCCCAGACCAGGAGCAGUCAGGGGAAAAGAACCAGGACGUGGAAAUCUCUUUUGCAGGGGCGGCAGCCUCUGCUCUUAGGGAAGCAGGUCCAAGAGACAUCCUUAGAUGUCGCUGUGCCUUGUUUGGCUGUAGCCUGUCAGAACGGAACUCUGGGUCAUGUUUCCAAGGUGGGAGAGUCUACACCUUCUGCUGCCGCCGAGUAAAAUGA